AAAGUAUGAAUUAUCCAUUUAGGCAAAUUUGGGGAGGUUGGAUGCAUACUAUGGCUUCUGUGGUUGACAAAGAUUGGUGCUAUUGGCGGUACACGGAAGCAAUGAGGAGAGGAAAGCUGCUGCUUUGAAAGAGGAAGAAAAUGAGCUGGAGGAACUGGGGUACCUUCAUUGAGCUGGGAGGGGUCUCAAAAUUGGGAUUCAUUUCUGAGCAGCUGCUGGUAUGUCAGAGGCUUGGAAUUGGCCUGGUAAAUCUAAAACUGUCUCAGCAGUGGUUAGCUGACCUCACCCAAGUUCCAAGCCGUACUCUGCCUGAUCCUUUUUUCUUGAGCCCCAGAGCUAAAAUGCUCUUGAGCUCUCUCCUAUUGGUUGAGAAGACCAGUUGAAGUUCCCUUGCCCAUGUUAGGAGGUGUACGCCUCCUGAACUAAAGAUAGAAACAGCUGGCCCUUGCAGACAGCUAAAAGCCUCCAGACUAAGAGGUGUUCCCCACUCGGCAGCCAGACUCCUUGAAAUACCCUUUCAGUAAUUCUACCAACGUUCUCCAUGUCUCUACUCUGCCAUAACAAAGGCUGUGGGCAGCACUUUGACCCCAAUGCCAACCUUCCUGGUGAGUAACUAAUUCUGACUUUGCCAGGGGGCUCUGUGAGUGCUGGGGGAGUGGUCAGCUGUGGGCAGUCUGUUAAAGGAGCAGAGAAAUUUAGUGUGUCUGCCCUAGUUUAAUUGGUCUGGGUGGUCUUCAAUCUUAUUUUUAUAUUCUAAAGAAAAACCAUGAGCAUAUUAAUCUGUGGAAGAAGUAAGAGAAGUGAUACUUGGUAUAGUUGCCUUUCCUUGAUCCUUCUGCUGGUAUCCACAGAUUCCUGUUGCCAUCACCCUGGGGUCCCAAUCUUCCAUGAUGCACUUAAGGGUUGGUCCUGCUGCCGGAAGCGAACUGUAGAUUUCUCUGAGUUCUUAAACAUCAAGGGCUGUACUGUGGGACCACACUGUGCUGAGAAGCUCCCUGAGGCUCCUCAACCUGAGGUGCCUGCCACAAGCAGUUCACUUCAGGAGCAAAAACCUCUGAAUACGAUUCCAAAGUCAGCAGAGACUUUGCGUCGGGAGAGGCCCAAGUCAGAGUUGCCUCCAAAGCUGCUUCCCCUAAAUAUAUCCCAAGCCCUGGAAAUGGCAUUGGAACAGAAGGAAUUAGACCAGGAACCUGGAGCAGGACUUGACAGUAGUCUGAUCCGGACUGGUUCCAGCUGCCAGAAUCCAGGAUGUGAUGCUGUUUACCAAGGCCCUGAGAGUGAUGCUACUCCAUGUACCUACCACCCAGGAGCACCUCGAUUCCAUGAGGGGAUGAAGUCUUGGAGCUGUUGUGGCAUCCAGACCCUGGAUUUUGGGGCAUUCCUGGCACAGCCAGGAUGCAGAGUUGGUAGGCAUGACUGGGGGAAGCAGCUGCCAGCAUCUUGCCGUCAUGAUUGGCACCAGACGGAUUCCUUAGUAGUGGUGACUGUAUAUGGCCAGAUUCCACUUCCUGCGUUCAACUGGGUGAAGGCCAGUCAAACUGAGCUCCAUAUCCACAUUGUCUUUGAUGGUAACCGUGUGUUCCAGGCACAGAUGAAGCUCUGGGGGGUCAUAAACGUGGAGCAGAGCUCUGUCUCCUUGAUGCCAUCUCGGGUUGAAAUCUCCUUGGUCAAGGCUGACCCAGGAUCCUGGGCCCAGCUGGAGCACCCCGAUGCACUAGCUGAGAAGGCUAAGGCAGAGGUUGGGUUAGAGAUGGAUGAGGAAGAAUCUGAGGAUUCAGAUGAUGAUCUGAGCUGGACAGAGGAGGAGGAAGAGGAGGAAGCAAUGAGGGAAUAGUGACACCAGUCAAGUAUCUAGAUAGGACCUCAGUGGUUCCCUUAGAAUCUCAGAGACCAGGAUAUGGUUGGCCAUGUGGUGUCAUUGAGCAGCAGCAGGCUGAAGGAGUGGAGAACAAAAGUGUCCAAACCAUGCUGUUUUUUUCCCUGAAAUAAAUCUUGUAUUCUGCAGUUUCACAUAGUGUCGUUCUCUCACCUCACUAUAAGAUUGUCUUCAUUCCCCCCAACUUCUGUGUGUCUUUAACACACGUGUGUGAAAACAAGCACAUGUACAUUCAAUCUGUUCUUUACAAUCACCAGGUAAUCUACUCAGUACUUACUGUGUGCCCAGUUGUGUGUUAGGUGGUUUAGAGCUAUCUUUUUUUUUUUUUAAUAUUCAA